AUGCUUCCUUUUGCUGGUGUAUUUCUUUUCUACCUUGUUGCUCCUUCUAUUUCACAGCCAAAUUUGAUCUUAAGUCCAUCAGUAGUAACUGUCUUUGUUGGAGAUGAUGUGACCUUUUUGUGUAUGAAAAGUGAUCCUUCAUUGGAAAUAGCUUGGAAUCCAGUAUCAAAUGUUUUUUUGGCUGAUAACAAAAAUAUUUCUACACUAAUUACUGGUGUGCCUGAUAGUUCAUUUAAUAAUACUGAAAUCUACUGUGUUGGUAGAUAUCCAUCAGAGCUAAGUAUGCUUUACUUCAGUAAUAAAGGAAAAAUUCUCAUACAAGAUAUUCUUUCAGAAAUUGAUGUUAAUAUUUCCAGGAUAGAUGAUUGCACAGUUCAACUCAGUUGGGUUCCUCCCUUUACUCUUCCAGGUGUUCCAAUACUAGGAUAUAAUGUUAACAUUACCAAUUUGGAUAAAAAUAUCACUACCAAUAGUUUUAUCAAUGGCACCAACAUUUACUUUACUCUUGGAUAUGAGUACUAUGUAUCUAUUGCUGCUGUUAAUGGUGCUGGUGAGGGCAAUAAAACAAUCACUAAAGUCAAUUCUACAGAACUAUUAAAUUUUACUGAAAAGUUCAUCAUUAAUAUUGUUGGUUUAAUGAGAGAUCAAGACAAAUGGAAAGUUGAUGCUAAUAUUGAUGUUACUACCAUAUGUGGCAAUGCAGAUGCUAAAUUUGUCUACAAGUUUUGUAAGUCCGUCACCAAUGCUCCUUGCUUCAACACAACAAAUAUCACAAGAAUUAAAUUAUCAAACAGUCAAGCAUUGUUGUCAACUUUAUUGUUCCUACCUGAGGAUCAACACUAUGAUGUGCAAGUGGAAGCUAUUGUUGGAAAAAAUGUUUUAUCAUCUUCUGGAGCAAGCUUGAGUACAUUUGAUGUUCAGUCAGUGGAAGAAACAGAUUCACCAGCCAAUGGAAUUAUUUGCUUGCUAAUACAUUAUGUAACAGGUAGUGUUGCAACAGGAUGCCAAAUUAAACUGGACUGUGAUGCCAAUAUUACUUUUCUAUUCCAUUUUGAUGGAUAUAAUGAUCAAUUUGACAAAUUUCAGUGUACUCAAGAACUCACUUUUGUUGGAAUUAAGACAUGCUUACUUCAAGUGUAUGACAGAAUUGGUCAAGUCAAUCAAAAUACAAGUGGUCCUGCUGUGACAAGCACCAUUAAUGUAACAGGAAAAAUAGCUACUCAAUCUACUCCAACUACACCUAGUACUGAUAAUAACUAUACUACCAGAUUAGCAAUUGCUGUUGUGGUACCUAUUUUAGUAAUUAUUUUGUCAUUCAUCAUAAUACUAAUAACAGUGAGCAUAAUAAUAAGAGACUUUACAAAAAAAAGAAAAGGAAAAUUUAACUUAAAUUCCUUAUACUCCAAUCAUGUAACACCUGAAAAGACAUGUCUGUAGAAAUAUCCAGAGUGGACUUUAUUAUUUUUAAAUGACACCAUAUUUAGCUGUUUUAUUGCUGCUACAUUUUAGUGUUAAUUGACACAAAACAUAGCUGAAUAGCUAUAGCUGCUAACUGGGAUGUUGAAUACAUAUGGGUUGCAGGAAUUAUGCCAAUUGCUUUAAUGUUACUGUAUGC